AAAGCUUUGUUGGGAGAAAUUCUCAAUAAUAUAGUUUGAUGUUCAUUUGAUUGGUCUGUCUUAGAUCGGUUUAUCUGAUUUUAGGAUUGUUCAUCGAUGGUUUUUUGGAAAGUGGAUUGUGGCCUUUUGCUCUCCCAAUUUUGAUUUCUUAACUCUGUUUCUCAGCUUGGUUUUACGUCUUCCCGCAGAUACUUGAAUUGUCUCUUCUCUACUUUAUCCUGUAUCUAUCUGCUAUCUGGACUUUCAAAAAAUUUGGGUUUUUGAAGCUUUUAUUCCCUAUUACACAUAAUUUUAUGGAGUAUUAUCCGUUGGAAGACAAAAGGAAUGAAUUAGUCAUCAGAAUUAUAGUGUCUGAACGUUUCAUUGUUCGGAAGGCCAGUUGACGGAUCAACUACUAUAGGGUACUUAGAUAGCUAUAUCAAUUUUCAUGUGAUAACACAUUGUCACUAUCAUUCGAAUAGUUGAUUGAUGGGGUCGGAAGGGCCAGCAGCAGUAACCAUCCAUGUGACUGGUUUUAAGAAAUUUCAUGGAGUUUCAGAGAAUCCAACUGAAACAAUUGUUAGUAAUUUAAAAGAGUAUACAAAAAAGAAUGGUUUGCCAAAAGGUCUUAUUCUCGGCAGUUGUAGUGUGCUUGAGACUGCAGGACAGGGAGCACUCACUCCACUGUAUCAGACUUUGCAAUCUGCCUUAAAUGGGAAGGAUUCUGAAUCUUCAAGUUCUGGGAGAAUUAUUUGGCUACAUUUUGGAGUCAAUAGUGGUGCAAGUAGAUUCGCUAUUGAGCAUCAAGCUGUGAAUGAAGCUACUUUUCGUUGCCCUGAUGAAAUGGGAUGGAAACCUCAGAAAGAACCCAUUAUCCGUGCAGAUGGUGGAAUUUCACGUGUACGACAGACUUCUCUUCCUGUUGAGGAGAUUACAAAGGCCCUAGCAAAGAAGGGUUAUGAGGUGAUGACUUCUGAUGAUGCAGGACGGUUUGUGUGCAAUUAUGUUUACUAUCACUCCCUUUGCUUUGCGGAGCAGAAUGGGACCAAAUCACUCUUUGUCCAUGUCCCUCUCUUCUUGACCAUAGAUGAGGAGACCCAAAUGAAGUUUGCUGCUUCCUUAUUGGAAGUACUUACUUCUCUAUGUCAGUAACAUACUGUAUCGGCUCACAUUUUUAUGUCCAGGAAUUAAUACGGUUUUACUGUUGUUGACCAUGUAUGUGAGUGUGGAUGGAAGGAUGCAUUAAGGCUUCAAUAAACAGAUAAGUGUAUGUGAAUGGAAGAAUGGAUUUCAGCACAUACACCUUAUGUAUUUCUUUUGUUUCUCUAAAUACUUCCUUUGGUGCUUGAAAAUUUCUCAGAAUCUUCAUGUUAAUAUGUGAAUAAAGUUUCAGAUUGCUUCCUUUACCAGAACGUU